AUGAUUCAAGAUCAAUCUGUAUCUCCUGGGUAUUGUUUACUUCAACCUCUGAGAAAUGAUGUACCUCUUCCUGCUAAUGGUUAUUCUAAUCAAUACUUCUUCAAAGACAGAACAGGAAAAUUAUUUUUAAAGAAUUCCGUAGUGUAUAUUAUUAAUAGAGACAGUGAAAUACAUGGGCCAGCAGGUACACAUCAAGGACAACCAGGCUUCAAAGAUAUAGAUAAAGUGUUUGCUCUACAAUGUACAACAUGGCCGCAACAAGCUAGACAAUGGUUGGAUCAAAAAGAUGAAGGUCAAUGGCCAUCUGCUGAAAUGAAACAAUAUUGCAGCAGAACUGGAUGCUUUGUUGUUUGCGUUGGAUGUAGAGGCAGUAAAUAUGAGCAACUUGAAUGGAGAAUAUCAACAUCUUUAGCAGAAAGGUGUUUAAUGUUCAACCUGAAUAUUACACAGAUUCACUGUUAUGUCUUAAUGAAAGUGAUUUUAAAAGCAUAUAUUACUCCAUUCUUUCAAGAUGUGAUAUCAAGUUACAUGUGUAAAACUGUAGUCUUCCACUGUAUUGCUAAAACACAUUCUACUAUCUGGAGAAAAAACAACUUACUUUCUUGUCUAACACAUUGUUUAUAUCUUCUGUACACCAAUAUAAUUAAUGAAAAUUGUCCACAUUUUAUCAUACCUGGGAACAAUUUAAUGAGGGGGAAAAUUUCACCUGCAGUCAAACCAUAUAUCCUGGAAAUACUCAACAAUAUUAUCAACAGUGAAGGUGUGGCACUACUUGGGAUUAAAUGUGAUGCUCUUGGUUACAGGCUUCAUGAUAAGUUUCAUAACUUGUGUCCAAUCAAGACAAGUGCCAUUAUUUCAGUAACGCUAUUAUUUAAUCUGGCUGCAGAAAAAUCUAGCACACAAAUAAAAACUUAUAAGUUUCUUAAGGACAGUAGUCCUUAUGAGGCUGUAGAAAAAUUAAAGAACUAUAUAUCAAAAGCAUUCUACUGUCAAUAUGAAGGAUUGGAUAAGACAGUCAGUCUUCUUCUGUUACCAUUGUAUUGUACAACACUUGGAUCUGUCUUGGCUUCACGCAACAUCUGUCAGUAUAACACUGUAUCAGCCGAUGCCCUCAAACUCAUCUCACUUGGUCUGAGUACAGAUGUUGCUUCAAGUAAACUUAAACUAGCUUCAAUCUUAUACUGCGUUCAAGAAAUACAAAAAGCUGACCUAGUACUCAGUGAGAUUGAAAGAAGAUAUGAUCUACAAAUUGUUGAGCCUGUCUGUUGUUGUCAUCGAUUUGAGAGAAAAUAUUUUAAACAAGGAUUUUGCCAAUUAUAUGACAAUUAUAAUGAAGAAGUCUUACAGUAUACAACAGCAUCAUGUGUUAGAUUUCUGCCAUGUGAAAUUCACUGUGUACCAACUGAACUCAGAUAUGAAAUUUUUAGAUCUACACAAGAGGACAGAAUGUUUCGUACAGAAGAUGAUGAAUGGAUGGAUUGUGCUGUGGUGGAUUCCCUCCCUUACCUCUACUUUCUACAAUACAAAGUUAACAGCCAUUUAGGAAGCCAUGAUAAGAAACAAGCCACACUCUUCAAACUUAUAAGAACCAUAAAAAAAGAACCAAACCUUGGACAUCGGGAAACAGCUCUAAAUAUUCUUGGAAAGUGCAUGGAACAAGAAGGUAGAGCUGGAGAUGCUUUACAGUGUUAUUUUAUGUCACUUAAUGUAAGGAGGAGAAACAAUGCUGCAAAGAUUCAUAUGAGAAUACUCCUAUCUGUACUGAUAAAUGCAAGGACAUAA